GCUCGCUUCUGGUCUGCCUUCGUUGAUGACAAGGUGUUUUCUAUGGCUUUUUUUUGUUGGCCAAAUAUUUACUUUCUUUUAUCCAUGGGUUUUAUUCUGCGUGAGAAUUUAUUUGCGAUGGAUUUUUGUAUUCUUAAGAGGAUUACGAAUUUGAUCUUCAUCUGUGAGUGACCAAAAAGUUAAUUUUAUGCAUCUAUGGCUAUAUUAUUGAAAACAAAUGAAAAGUUAGACAUGCAUUGGUGAAGUUAGACUAUAAUUGUAACUGUGUUGAAAAAGACUAUAGUUGUAACUAAAUCCCUUUUUAAUGGAUAAAACAACAUUCAACUACAAAAUAUUUUGUUGCAUGACAUUGUUUUAGAUUUUCUAAGUUCCUUUGAAAUACAUGAUAAAUUGGUGACAGUAACAACACAAAAAGUAUUUUAAAGAUCUAUUAUUAAACUCUUAUAAAAAGACAUACAUAGUGAUUGAACAAAUCUAAGUUAUUAAACCAAUAUAGAAGUAGUGUCUAGUCAUAAAGCUAUUCAUAUUUUCUAUGUUUCUAUGUUGCUGCCAAAAAAAAAAGCUAUUCAUAUUUUCAUAUAUUUUCUUCCAAAACUUUCAUGCUUUUACAUGUUUUGAUGAUAAUCUUUAUACAUAUGAAUUUAGUUAAAGUGGGAGAGUUGUAGAGUUUCCUUCUGUCUUUUUCUUCUCCGUUUUUCUUGUUGUAGAUUGAUGAUCGUUAUAUAGAUUUUCUUACAAAAACAUAUAUUAUUAUUAUCCUAUCCUCCAAAAUGUAAAACAAAAUGGAUGUUUGAUACUGAUCAAAGUUUUCUUCAAUGAGUUAAAUCUUGGUUCAGUAUAAACCUAGGAAGAUUCUAGCUUGGAAAUAGUCAAACCUUUACCAAGAAGAAACCAUUAAGAUUUUGUGUAAGAUUUCAGAACAAACACUUGUCACACUAUUUUCACUUGACUCCCUUUAAAAAAUGCAGUGGUUUCCGGCUUUGAAAGCGGCCGCAAUCACCAAAUCCGAAGAGGCAAAAGAAAAAGGCAUGAAAGAAGUGGAAGAAGGGUUAUUGCAACUCGAGGAAGCUUUUGUUUCUAUAAGCAAAGGGAAACCGUUUUUCGGAGGUGAAGCGAUCGGGUUUAUGGACAUUUGCCUCAGGAGCUUUGUGGGUAUCUUGAAGGCUAGAGAGAAGCUAAAAGGAGAAAAGCUUUUAGACGAAACAAAAGUUCCUUCUCUUUGUAAAUGGGCGGACAGGUUCUUGUCUGAUGAUACUGUGAAGAAUAUGGUACCCGAGAUCGAUAAAGUGGCUGAGUUUUUAGGAGAGCUUGAGGUUAGAGCUCAAUCAGCGGUUUCAAGAACUUUUUUUUUUUUUUGACUAAAGGCAUACGGUUUCAAGAACUUGAGAUCAUCGUUGAAAAGCAAAUGGACGUGUGUAAUGUAAGUGCAAAAAUAAGUGAAAGGUCGAAGUGUUGUGUUGAAUGUAUGCUAGUAAUUUAUACAAUGCUGUGUAUGGUUUAUGGAUAAUGCUUUCAAUAAUUGAAAAUGGUAGAUUAGUCGUUCCAACCAGAAAGUCGGCAUUUAAUUUC